AUGGCAGAUGAUACAGAGGUGACCCAGCCGCCUUCGCACGCGCGCACUACCCCGCCAAAUGGCCAGCCGACUGGCCCUUACCACCACCAACACCAUCAUUAUCAUCACCACCACCUCCCGCAGGCCACCUUCAUCCGGCCAUCAGACCUCCUACGUCCCAAGGCGGUUCCUCGUAACAUACCAUCUCCUGCCCCACCGAAAUCUGAGCGUCCCAUAGACCGAGAUGAAAGAGCUGGCUUGCAGGCAAUACGGGACUUCCUUCGAGCACGCAAAUGUUACGACGUGCUGCCCUUGAGCUUUCGUCUGAUCGAACUCGAUGUCGGCCUUACGGUCAAAGAGAGCUUACAGAUCAUGGUCCAGUGUGGCAUUGUCUCUGCACCGCUAUGGGACUCGAAUACUUCCACGUACGCUGGCCUGUUGACCGUCAACGACUACCUCAACGUCGUUAGAUACUACAAUGUCCAUGCCGACAAGCUGAAAGAUGUGGAUAAAUUGUUGCUCAGCGACUUAAAAGAUGUCGAGAAAGUCCUCAACGUCAAGCCCCCUGAAACUGUCUCCGCGUCCCCCGAAGCCAUCCUCUAUGACGCUCUCCGAAAACAACUUGUCUCGCGCGCUCGGAGAAUACCCCUGGUGAGCUAUGAUAGCGACACCCAACGCACCAUGGUCACCUCGGUCAUAACCCAAUACCGGAUUCUCAAAUUUAUUUCCAUGAACGUCAAAGAAACGGACAUGUUGAGGAAGCCACUUGAGAUGAUAAAAUUGGGCACGUAUACUGGCAUCGUGCGAUGUAGUAUGGACACCACAGUCUUGGAUGUGGUUGAUGAGAUGGUCACCAAGAAUAUCAGCAGUGUGCCGGUUGUUACGACUGAGGGGAUGCUCCUGAACGUCUUCGAAGCCGUCGACGUAAUCGAGAUCCUCAAAUCUGGCGACUACGGCAACUUAACAUGGACUGUCGGCAAAGCUCUCAGUUGCCGAUCGCCUACCCACCCAGGCAUAUAUUGCUGCUCACUCGAAGAUGGGUUAGAUACCAUCUUCGAAACGAUCAAGAAGUCCAGGGUCCAUAGAUUGAUGGUGGUGGACGAGCAGAAUUACCUGAAAGGAGUAUUGAGUCUGAGUGAUAUUUUGCAUUACUUGCUUGUAGACGGCCUCGAGGAGAAAGGCGGUGCUGGGCAUGGACAUGUCAAUGCCGACAAGGUCUAUGGAGCUUGA